AUGACAUCAGCCAAGCAGGUAUGGGACAAGCUCAAGGAACGUUUUGCACAACCUGAUGAGGCUCGAAUCUAUCACCUCCAACAUAAGCUAAGUGGCAUUGUACAAGGACACCUCUCUCUAAGUGAUUACUUCACACAACUUAAUGCUAUUUGGAAAGAAUUGCAUAGCUAUAGACCUCUUUCAUGCUGUUCAUGUGGAAAGUGUACCUGUGAUGCCUUGAAAAAUGUUGAUGCAGUCCAACAAGGAGAUUACAUGUUUAAAUUUUUAAUGGGCUUAAAUGAUAGUUAUGAUGCUGUGAGGGGGCAAAUCAUUUUGUUAAGCCCUUUGCCUUCAAUGGAUAAAACCUUUUCACUAAUUUUGCAAGAGGAAAGACAAAGGCAGGCAAGGAACACUGCUCUGCCUACCUCAGAACCUUCUGCCUUACUUGCCUACCAAAAUUUUCCAAAGAAAAAGGACAGGUCAGACUUGGUUUGUCACCAUUGUGGUAAGGUUGGACAUACAAAGAAAAAAUGCUACAAGUUAGUGGGAUUCCCACCAAACUUCAAAUUUACCAAACCAAGAACUGGGAAUACUUCUACUGCACCUUAUUCUGCAAAUCAUGUUGCUGCUCAGAUUACUGCCUCAAGCCAUGAAGCACCUGCUCCAAGUGCCUCUCAAUUGAACCUUUCUCAAGCACAAACACGGCACCUCAUGGAUCUUGUUAAUGCUCAAUUUCCUCAGCUAAACUUGGGACAAAAACCAAUUCUGCCCACACUUGCUCCUGCCAAACCAGACACUACUGAGACUAGCUCCUCGACCACACCAUAUUCAAACUUAGCAGGUAAUCAUCACUACCUCUCCACUCUUUCCAUACAUACUGAUCACUCUCAUUCCAGUACUGUGAAUCAAUGCAAGCACAGUUCAUCUUCCCUACAUGAGCACUCUAAUACACCAUGGAUCAUGGACACAGGAGCCACUGAUCGCAUGGUGUGCUCCACCUCCUUCUUUGACAGUCCCUCAUCAUGCAUACAAGCCUUUGUGCAACUCCCAAAUGGUACAAGGGCUCAAGUCACACACAUUGGCACUGUUAAGUUAACAGAUUCUCUAUCACUAACUGAUGUCUUAUGUGUGCUCUCAUUCACUUUCAACCUCAUCUCAGUUAGCAAACUCACUCAAAAACCAAACACAUGUCUAUUUUUCUUAAAAGAUCUUUGCUUCAUUCAGGUCCUCUCUUCAUGGAUGACGAUUGGACUUGCUAGGUUCAUGUUGGACUCUAUUAUCUGCUGCCUCCUUCUCAUGACAGCAACAUCAACCCCUCUUUAA